GCAAAAUGAAGCAAAUUAACAAUUAAGUAAAAUAUGAAAAAAUAAAAGUAAACAAAAUAAGAUCAAAUUAAUUACAAUAAGAUAAAAUAAAAUUAAAAAGUAAAAUAAGAUAAACCGUCACGUGUUCUUCAGUUCGUGGGAGUUCCUCCCUUCACCGCUUGGGGGCGACAUUCUUUAGAUCCAGAUCUCGGUUCGGAGAUCGACUGCUUCGGUCUGCAGACUCUGUUAGCGGAGCCACGAGACCGCAGGCACCGGGAGGCUGCGUUCAGCUCGGGUUCGGUUCGGCAGCAUGGCGGACGCGGUGGUUACGGUUCGUCUCGUGAGGUCGUUCGAAAAGAGGAACUUCCGGCCCGUGGUGUUCCGGGAGGUCCAACUGGACCAGAGCGUGCGCGACUUCAUGCAGCGCGUGAGAGACGACAUCGUGACGAGGGCCGGACUUCCUCCCCCCUUCAGGAAAUAUGACUAUGACACCAUGAAGAUCAUCCACCAGGCUCACGGAGCAAAGACCAACGAGCUGGUGAUGAGCACAGAGGAUGACGAGCAGCUCAUUCUGCAGGAAGACCAGAGCCUCCGAGCUGCAGGUGUUGCUCAUGAGACAGAAGUGGCUUUCUUCAAGAAGGAGGACUACGGUUUGUACAAAGCCAACCCCACCACUUCCUGGUGACCCCCGGGGGCUCAGCUGAAGUCUGAGGGACAGACCUUCUCAGCCUUUGAGGAACGUCAGUUCUGCUGCUCUGAUGGUCCAGAUACCUGCGGGAGCCUCGCCUCAGAGGUCACAGAUUCAGGUGGUGCCAGCAGAACCAGGAGAAAGGUCUGGCCCCCUUAUCUGGACUGUGGUGACCGCAGAGGUUCUGCCUGAAGACACCUCGGUCUGUUUGGGUGAUGGUCCUUCCUCCAAAGAUCACAUGACAAAAAAAAAAUCAGUCCAAAGAUUUUCUUUUGGAUCCCUGAAAAGGUUUUACUGAACCAAUGAAAUCCUCCAGAACCCUGAAGAACCAGCAGAUCAAUAAAGGAUUGGGUUUUCUGGAUGUA